AUGACGGAGGAAGACGCCAUUGUCGCGCAUGGGUAUGCGCACGGAGGCGCGCUCGGCUCCCAAGAGCCCGGUGAAGACGCCGAGGCCACUGAGCAAGCAGAGGCCAGGUCGAUCGUGGUAGAUAGCGAAUCGGUCACAGAUGCCGGUUACGAGUCUGAUAUGGCGACAGCAGCGUCCACGUCGCUGUCGUCGAGCAUUUUGGAUUUCUCCUUCGAAAAUGGCCGAAGAUACCACAAGUUCAGGGAAGGCCGAUAUAACUUUCCCAACGACGAUAUAGAGCAGGAGAGGGAGGACAUGAAACACGCCGUCGUCAAACUGCUAUGCCAACGGCUGCACUUUGCGCCUAUCGGAAAUCACCCGAACGAGAUUCUCGACAUCGGAACCGGCACUGGGAUCUGGGCGAUCGAGAUGGGUGAUGCCUAUCCUAGCGCCAACGUCCUCGGUAUCGACCUGAGCCCUAUCCAACCGCAAUGGGUGCCACCCAACGUCCGAUUCAUGGUCGAUGAUGCGGAAAGCCCAUGGCUUCACCCCCUAAACCACUUCAACUACAUACACACUAGACACACGGUCAUGGCCAUUAAAGAUUGGGGCGGGCUUUUAAGGACGUCAUACGAACAUCUAAAACCGGGCGGCUGGAUGGAGCUGCAGGAAAUCGAUCACUUUCCUCUGAGCACCAACGGCAGCCUAUCCGCAGACCAUCCUGUCGCGCGAUACUGGCGAUACGUGGACGAGGGACUGGAGAAUCUUGGCGUCAACUUCAGAUUCUCUCACGAAGGCCGGAUUGCGCGGUCUAUGCGACAGUGCGGAUACGUAAACGUGACGGAGCGCGUGUUCCACAUGCCCAUCGGCACCUGGCCGAGGAACAAGACGCUCAAGAGCGUCGGGCUGUACUGGAAGAUGAUCCUGCUCAACGGCGUGCAGGCCAUAGCGCUCGGGCCGAUGACUCGAGGCUUGCAUUGGACGAGGGAACAGGUGGAAACGUUCCUCGUCUCGGUGCGCAAAGGAUACGAAGACAACUCGCUGCUCCUGUACAUGCCGCUUAUCUGCGUCUACGGCCAGAAACCCCCCAAGCCCGGAUCCGGCAGCUAG